AUGUCCUCUCCCACUGACCCAGGACAUCCCGAGCAGGACAUGGACCCGCCUCACCCGGUCGAGCCCCCGAAGCGCAAGGCCCGCUGCCACAUCUGCCGGAAAACCCGCCCCCGCGCGUGGUACCAGUGUCCGGCGUGCAGCCAGACCUACCACGAGAGCUGCGCCCGGACGCACAGCGACGCCUGUGCGGCCUGCGGAGUCGCGUGGCCCGUCCUGCGUCCGCGCGAGGAACAGCCCGUCCUGCAGGCCGGCAACGCCGCCUGCCAGAUCUGCAAGCAACCGAACCCGCACCCAUGUCGCCGGUGCGCGACGUGCCACAAGGCCUGCCACAGUGCCUGUGCCCAGGCGCUCGGCGCGGCCUGCCCGGCCUGCGGGACCGCGUGGCCGGUCCCUGCUGCUCCCGACAGCGUCAGCGCCAGCGGCCACUACGCCUACCGCGAAACCCCCGACGGGCGGUACGAGUGCACCUUCAAGGUGCAAGUGGAAGGCGAGGGCAAUCGCCCCGCCCACCUCUUCCCCUGCGGCAAAUCCUACCAGCACCUGACCAUGCUGCGGGCCCACUACCGCCAGGCCCACGGGAGAUCCCUGGACUGCUGCCAGUGCCCCCUGCGGGAACUGCUACUCCGGCAUCGCGACCCUGCGCGCCCACCUGAAUCACGCCCAUGCUGCGGCCCUCUCACGCCUGCGCCCGUGUCCCACCUGCUCGGUGCACCGGGUGCCCGGGCGGCCGUGGUUGAUGCAUAUGAAUGA